AUGUUCUUCGCGUUAAAAUCAAAGCCACUAAUGUUUGCCGUUGCUGUUGCAGAGUCUGGCAUGAGCGUGGGAAGCCCCGAGGUGUCCCCCCGGGGGGAGGGAGACCCAGCUACCUCCCCUGGGUGCCCGGAUCAUCACGCUGACCCCUUCGACCCCGACAAGCCACGUAAGCUGACGUGCCCUGGUGCUCCUCGCCCGCAGGUCCGGCGGUCCCGCACUACCUUCACCACGUACCAGCUGCACCAGCUGGAGCGGGCCUUCGAGAAAACGCAGUACCCCGACGUGUUUACCCGCGAGGAGCUGGCCAUGAGGCUGGACCUGUCGGAGGCGCGCGUGCAGCCGUCGUCUGGAAAUAUAAAGUUGGUCUCCAUGCCACAGCAGCCGCGACCGCCCCCGACGUGA